GAUAUCACAAACGCGUGAAGCGCGAACGCGAAAUUCAACUAAUAAUCGCGCAAGUUUGAAUCGAGCUGCUUUCAGUUACGAUGUGUCAAUUGACUACAGUAACUACCAGUGUGUUGUUAUUGGUUCUAUGAACUCGGUUUGCUCACACUGUAAGGCAUUAAAAUACAAAAACGAAGCCAAUGGAUUGUGUUGCGCAAAUGGUAAAGUGAAAUUGAUACCAUUGGAUCCACCACCAGAACCAUUGUACUCAUAGGUUUCAGGAAUAGGAACAGAUUCUAUACACUUUUUGACAAAUAUCCAACAAUAUAACAAUUGCUUUCAAAUGACUUCAUUUGGGGCAACAAAUGUAGUUCGGGAAAAUUUUAUGCCAACUUUCAAGAUACAAGGGCAAAUAUAUCACAGAGCAGGUUCACUGUUACCAGUGUCAGAUAGCGACAACAAAUUCCUGCAAAUUUAUUUUAUGGGCAAUUCACCACAAGAAAUUGAUCUGCGUUGUGCACAUAACAAUUUAGUAAAGAGGUCUAUUGUAGAACAAUUACAAACUUUAUUUCAUCAACACAAUCAAUUGAUUAUAUUGUUUAAAACUGCCCUGGAUCUGAUGCCAUCCGAUAAUCACAAAAUUGUAAUCAGAGCUGAUAAAACACCUGCAGGUCAACAUACAAGACGUUUUAAUGCACCAACUAUUGAUGAAGUUGCUAUCAUUGUAGUUGGAGAAAACUUGGAAUCCCGUGAUAUUGUUUUACGUCGUCGGAAUGAUCAAUUACAACGUAUAAAGGAAACACACCGCUCAUAUGAUGCACUGCAAUAUCCCAUUAUAUUUUGGCAAGGUGAAGAUGGUUCUGAAACCAACAAAAAAGUCAGUUCAAUGAACUAUUAUUCACACCGCCUAAUGAUUCGGGAAAAUGAAGAUAAUCACAUAUUGAAAUGUCGGCGAUUAUAUCACAAAUAUGUUGUUGACAUGUAUGUUAAAAUUGAAACGGAGAGAUUAACAUUCAUCAGGUUGAAUCAAACCAAACUCCGAUCUGAAGAGUAUAUUCACCUUCGAGAUGCGAUUAAUACUGAUGGAAAUGCACAGAAUGUCGGUCGGAUGACUAUUCUUCCAGCAACAUACAUCGGAAGCCCUCGGCAUAUGCACGAAUAUGCUCAAGAUGCCAUGUCGUAUGUUCGUCAUUAUGGUAUAGCAGAUUUGUUCAUCACAUUUACAUGCAAUCCGCAAUAG